AUGCGCUUGUUUUUAUACAUCUGCUGGAACUUAUGGCAAAACAGAAAUAAAGUUGUUGUUGAAGGUCGUUCUUGUGCACAGGAGGCGAUUUUCAAAAGAGCUAAUUACUUGACUGAGGAAUAUGGAGGUCUUGUGAAAGGUGAACCUAAAUUAAUUGUAGAGAAACCAACCAAAUGGUCUCCUCCUCCUGUUGGUAAAUGUAAACUGAAUGUUGAUGCUGCUUUUAUUCCCGAAACAUAUGUGGGUGGAAUUGUUGAUGUUGUUAGAAAUGACAAAGGGGAACUGAUGGCGGCUAUGGCCCUUCCUCUUGCCACCGCCACCUCACCUAAAUAUGCAGAGAUCAUGGCACUUCAUUUCGGGAUAAAAUUUGCUCGGGAUGCUGGCUUUUCUUCUAUUCUAAUUGAGUUUGAUUCACAAGGAGUGGUAAAUGCUGUAAAGAAGGAUGAGGAAGAGUCGUGGGCAUCAAAUGGGCAUCUUAUUGAUGAUAUUAAGAGGAGUCUGCAACAUUUUGAAGAUGUUACAAUCUCUUUUAGUCCAAGGGGGUGCAAUCAAGUAGCUCAUUUUCUAGCAAAGCAUGCACUUAAUUGUAAUACUAUAGUGACUUGGAUUGAAGAGGUUCCCUUCUGCCUUGAAUUAAUUGUGAAAGAUGACAUUGUUGUUUCCUCUUAA